AUGUCGAUGUCGCACUAUGGAAGCACGGGAAAUCUCUCCGGUCGAGGCGCCAGUCCAUCCUAUGCUAGUCUCGGCAGACAUCGGGAUGAUUACAAUCGUUUUGAAACAAAGCGACAUCACGAUUCGCUGAAUCGCUCAUCAGCAGAGAGACAACUCAUUGAUCUUUCAAAAUUCUCUGGUUACGGCGCUCGACCGGGUUCGGGAGUCGAAAUGACAGAGCAUCGAUGGACUGGAGGAGAGAUCAUCACUGAUCCUUCUCAAAUGCCAAAGGGAUUGAAGCCUCGUCGAAUGUUCUAUUCGCCGAUCGGUGAUGGAGUCGUUGCUGCUGAUGGAGUGGAGAAAAAAAGAGGACCAGUCGAUCUUUCUCCGCGUGUCACAAUCACUACAUUGUCGAAAGUCGAUCGAGGAGAGCGCGGACAAGGAGGAGUGAAUGUUUAUGAAAAGGAAUGGUCAAGCACACUUCCAGGAGAAGGAGUAGCUGGUUCAGUCUUCGACGGGAACUUCCCAAAUGUGCCAGAUGGUGGGCGAGGGAAGAGCAUGGAGAAACCCCCGGCACCCCUUCCCCCAGCACCUGAACCUGCAACUGAUCGUGGAAAUAGAGGCAAUGCUGGACCGACGGCACUUCACACACCGAUUCGAGCAGCCGAGCCAGCUCCCAUCUCCCUCGCUCGUGAGCCCUACUAUCCACCGUACGAGGAGCCGGUCAGGCCAAUCAGUGUUGCUUCCACAAAUGAUCCAUACCGAAUUGUGGACACAAAGACUGGUUAUUUGAUCACAAAUCCGCGAGAAUUAAUCCAUCAAUAUGCAACAACUACACCAAUCGCUAUUAUGGAUUUGAAUGAUGGAACUCCAGUUCAAAAGCACACGAGUGUCAAAUCGAUGUAUCAAACUUUGGAGACCCAAGAGACAGAGCAAAGAUUUGCUCCUUAUGCUCCGUAUCGUGUUCAUCAAAAUGGGAACAGUCACGGGGGACACGGGGGAAGCGGUGUUGUGAGUCCGAAUCGCUUCGUCCGGAAUCUACGUGAUGAGACAAUGACUCACUCGCAACGCGAGGCGAACACUCAUUUGGAUGCGUUAAAUCAGAGGGACCCGAAUGCUUCGCAAAAGAUCAGUGAGAUCCGACAACGAACGAUGACUCGUGGGGGACACGAUGACAUCGAUCAACUCACCAAUCAACUCUUGAAUGGAUUGAACACUCGAUAC